AUGUGUCCUGUGCAAACAGCAAGUAACAACAAUGAAAAUAACGCUGGUGGAAUAGCUGAUGAAGAAACGGAGGCAGUUGGUUUUCAUGAAAAGGAUGAUGCCACCAAUACUCAGUUUAUAAUUCCUAGUUUUGGAACUCGGCAUCAUAGUGCUGACAAAAGAGAUGGCGCAAUGAAAGUAGACCUAAUUGAAUUUCCGAAAAACAGCCGAAAGAGGAAUGUUUCGCAUAGACGCAUGGACGAAUCCGAACUUUAUAUACUAGAAUGCAUAAAGCAGAAACGAAUCCCAAUUGAGUCCUACAUCAAAAACAUUAAUAAGAAGUCCCUCACGCUUUGCUAUAGCAAUAUCGAUCCUGAAAACUUCCUGCCCUUAUCGCUAAGCUUGGGAAGAAACCAAGCCAUCACCACCCUGGAUCUCAGCCACAAUUGGUUAGGCGAUGAAGGUGUCAAUCUUUUGUGUCAGGUUUUAUCUGAGAAUUCGAGCUUUGUGAAACUCAGUCUGGCGGACAAUCAAAUUACUAGUAAAACAGCUGAACAGUUUUUCGAUGUGCUUUCCUUGAUGCCGAAUCUCAUUUCACUUAAUUUGAGCGAAAACUACCUCGACGAUGCGUCUGCGGCCUACAUCGCUGAUCUGUUACUGUUUGCAAGAAACCCAUUCCAGAGUGCCGGUUGCUUUGCUCUACUUACAGGAGCUCUGAAGAAUCGUGGUUCAAAGUUAACCGAGUUAAACUUUGAGGAUAUCGUUGUGAAUGAUGAUUUUAAGAUCCUUGUGGAUAAGUCGUUCAAAUUGCUUCCUAAUUUGCGCGUCAUCCAUGGAUCAAAGUUGACAGUUAAUGAUUUAACUACCUACUCUCUGAAGAUGUACGCCCCUACAGGCACUCCGCCGAAAAGAUGGCUAAUUGCGAUGCACCAGCUUCAGAAUAAAACCAACCGUCCCCUUUUGCCCUUCCUCAUAGAGGCGGAUAUGGAUAAGGACAUGAAGUUGUCACGGUGGGAAACCACUAAGGCACUCGAGCCUUUGGCCAUUGGAUUAGCACCCGCAGAGUUACAGGGUCUGCUCAAAGAACUGGAUCCUCAUGAAGAAAACGAAGUGAAAAUAAGCGACUUCAUUGAAAAUCCAUAUCCAAAACCCGGACAUCACAAACCGACGGACGGUGAGGAAUCUAGAAGGGAGGCGCCAGUAGGACAUGAUGAUGUUGACUCCAAAAAAACCUCAAGCGAGGCGUGA